AUGUCCAAGUUGCAUAUUCGGGAUGGCAUCUCCACAGUCCAGCCGCCUCUAUCACAGGCAGUUGGUUACAUCGUCGUUGUAUUGAUCGGUAUCAUAAUUGCUCUGGUGAUGAUGCUAGUCACAAGGAUCUUGAAGAAGACCACAGGUGAAGACAACAAGAAAACAGAAAUGUUCAUGACUGCAAAUCGCACCGUACGAACUGGUCUUACUGCAUCGGCCGUGAUCUCUUCAUGGCUUUGGUCCACUGCACUACUUGGAUCUUCAUUUGUGGGGUAUGAUUACGGUGUUGCAGGACCUUUCUGGUUUGCUGCCGGUUGUAGCCCGAUGAUCGUCUUCUUCGCCCUUCUCGGCAUUUCGUGCAAGCGGAAGAUUCCUGAAGCACAUACCUCUCUAGAAGUGGUUCGAAUUCGAUACGGCCGAGCUGCACACAUUGUGUUCAUGAUAUUAUGCUUGAUCAACAAUAUCUUUGCUUGCGCAAACAUGCUACUUGGCGCAGCUGCGGUUAUUUCUGCCGUAUCUGGUAUGCAUAUCAUCGCCGCAACGUUUUUACUACCCGUCGGUGUAACGGUAUACACCUUUGUCGGGGGUAUUAAGGCAACUUUCUUGACGGACUACUUCCAUACAGCUGUUAUACUUAUAAUCGCGUGCUACUUUUCCGUGAAAGCAUUUUCCGACGACCAGAUUGGCUCAGUGGGGAACCUCUUCGAGCUGCUUAAAGCCGCAGCUGAGCGUCACCCCGUUUCUGGUAACGAAGCUGGAACGUACUUGACUAUGACAUCGAAAAGCGCAAUCCUCUUCGGUAUCCUGCAUACUUGCGGCAAUUUUGGCCUUGUUGUGAUGGAUACCAGCUAUUUCAUCAAGGCAUUCUCCGCAUCGCCUGCAGCAGUUGUCCCCGGGUAUACAAUUGGAGGCAUUGCUUAUUUUGCCAUUCCUUGGGCUCUAGGCACGGUAAUGAGCUCUGUUGCCCUUGGAUUGGAAAACCAGCCAAACUUCCCGACGUACCCUAGACGAAUGACUACUUCCGAAGUCAGUGGCGGCUUAGUCCUUCCAUAUGCAGCCAUGACGAUCGCAGGCAAGGGCGGCGCAGCCGCUGUCCUUCUCAUGACCUUCAUGGCUGUGACUUCUACACUUUCUGCACAAGUGAUUGCGGUCAGCUCGAUUCUAAGCUUCGAUAUAUAUCGCGAGUAUUUUAAUAAAACAGCCACCGAUCGCGACUUGAUCCGGUCUAGUCACUUUGGCGUUAUUUUCUUUGCUGCUUUCUCCGCUGGAUUCAGUACCAUGCUGCACUAUGUUGGCAUCGACCUUGGUUGGACGCUAUACAUGCUUGGAGUGGUUACUUGCCCAGGGAUUUUCCCAAUGGUUUUCACCGUUCUAUGGCGCCGUCAAAGCAAGGCUGCAGCCAUCCUCUCGCCCAUACUAGGUCUGGCGACUGGACUGGCCGUGUGGCUUGGAACAGCAUCUCAUUUCGGAGGCGAAGUCUCCGUCGCCAGCACCGGUCAAGUACUGCCUUGCAUGUACGGCACGGUAGCCUCCUGUUUCUCGCCAAUUCCAUAUUCAAUUUUGAUCACACUGCUACGACCCCAAAAUUACGACUGGGCGGAUUUCCGGAGAGAGAAGCUCUCACUUGAAAAAUUGGAUAGCGACUUGACUGCUGCUCGUAGUGAUGGGGCCCCUGGUAACAGUGAAUCAAGUAGCAUUGAAAAUGGAGGACUUCAUAGUGCUGCUUUGGAGUCGAAAGAGCUGAAGCGAUGGGGUCGUAUUGCGGCUUUUUGGUCCAUCGCGACGUUCCUGGGCCACUGGGUAAUUUGGCCUUUGCCAAUGUAUGGAUCCCACUAUGUUUUCGAGAAGAAGUUCUUCACUGCCUGGGUCGUCGUUGCUAUCAUUUGGCUCUGGGGCACAAUGCUGGUCGCAAUUUUCUACCCGCUGCUCGACGGUGGAAUCCAGCAGAUUCGUCAGGUCUACCAAGGUCUUACUGGAAGAGCCAAUAUUGUCACCGAUGGUGCCAACAGCAAGAUUGAAGGCGAGGCAAAAUACUUUCCCCCUUCGCCAUCCACAGAGUCAACUAGCGAAGGCCCUCGUCGACAGGCGCCCAAGGGCGAGGCUAUGUAA